UAGUUCCGGUGCCCGUCCAGAAAUGUCCAGGGCGACGUCGCGGUCCGUGCCGCAGUGCAAGCAUUAAUUUUCCGAAGUGUUUUCCUUUGCUGCCAGCCGAAAGUUCAGUGCGAGUUGGAUUUGUUUUCAUCCGCCUGCGAGUGGUCCUUCUGAACUAGCUGUUAGCACGUAAAGGUAAGGCGGAGUGUGUUUGCUGGAAUAGAGGAUGGGUGGUGCAGCCUUACGCAGUCCAUCCUGAGGCGUCUAAAAUUGCAUGAGUUUGCAAAGUGUUCGGAUAAUUGAUCCAAAGCAUCUCUAAAAGCAGAUCACUAUGAUGUCAAGAAAAGUGGAAAUUUCGUAGAAGUUUGCGUAUCGUAUUAUCAAAUCGGUUUCGGUCCGUCCGGUGAAAGUGAAAGCGUAGAAAAGCUAAGCAAAAACUAAAGCACCAAUGGUUGUGCAAAACACAUCCUUCUUCAGCUCGUCAUUCGUUUAGUGUGUUUAGUGACGCUGCCGUGGCAUAUUCAUUCCUAUUUCUUUUAACACCUGCGGGAUCGGCGAAAAUGUCCGAUUGGUAUACGGAAACCAACAAAUGGCACUGUUUGAGCAAACCGGAACCACGCAGAAAGUGAACCUUGACGAUACCGAAGCCUGCUGCUGUACAAUCGAAACAGCACAAACCAUUGACGGACAUACGGAGUAUGUGCUGAGAGUGCAGCGAGGACCGUACCCGGAAAACAGCUGGCGCAUUCUGCGGCGCUACAAUGAUUUCGCCUCGCUCAACAAGUGUUUGCAAAUUUCAGGGAUUGAUUUGUCAUUCCCCGGAAAGAAGCUUAUCGGUAAUAUGCGCCCAGAUUUUAUAGCUGAACGGUUGAACGCAUUACAGGAGUAUAUCAAUCAAGUACUAAUGAAUCCCAUUUUGGCAUCAUCGUUACCGACCAAAAAAUUCAUCGAUCCGGAUAGUUACUCGACGCCGUUCCAUGAUCUAGCCCUCCAGUAUGCGUCGAUGAGCUUGCGUACGGAUGGCCUUUACACGCUGGGGCAAUCGCUCGGUCCGAUCGGGUGGCGGCUGCGGAAGCACUACUUUAAGGUGGUUCACAGACCGCAGGGCAACAAACACUCGCCAGGCCACUCGACCACCAAGCACCAUCUGAUCAAGUCGAGCUCACAGUCGCACGGCAAGGCACACACUACGCAGGUAUGCGUGACCACGUCGACGGAGAAAGACUACAACAACUCGAGCAAAGAUGGCUCGAGUGGCCGGGAUGAUCUCAUCCUCAGCUGGACCGAGUUCGGCCCGGACCGGUACAUCGACGAGAAGGAGAUCCAUACGGUGUUGAAGAACUUUGGUGGCGUGCAGCAUCCGUACAUUGUACCGAUCGAGCACAUUGCGUCGAACGACUGCGGAGCGCUAGUGAUACGAAAGUUCUACAAGCAGGGCAGCUUGAAGGAUGUGCUCUGCUCGGCUAGCCCUUGCAAUCCGUUCCUAUCGAAGUACGGCAGCCCGAAGGGUCGUGCACCGCUGCCCCUCAAAGAGCUAGCUUUGUACGCGCGGCAGAUCCUGGAAGCGAUACGGUUCCUUCACUCGAAGGGCGUCGCCUGUGGCCACGUGCACUGUGGCAACGUGAUUGUGGUGGACGGUGUGGCCAAGCUGAUGGACGUGGAGAACUUCAUGUUCGGCGUGCCAUCGUUCUAUCGGCCGUUCUUCGUUCAGCACAGCAAAAUUAACACGUGCGAAGCAAUCGACGUGUACGGAUUCGGCCAUCUGCUGUAUGAGAUGUGCAUGGGAUAUCCACUGCAGGACUCGUAUGCACGGCAGAUCACCGACUGUCCCGAUAGUUUGAAAUCUCUGCUGGAAUCGAUCCUCUCGAAGGAGGCCUGCAAGUCGGCCCUGCCUACGCUGGAUCAACUGACGACGCAUCCAUUCUUCGGCGAGUAUGCCGGCCAGUUUAACGAGCAGUACGCGACGGCAAUCGCCGUCCAGAAACCGCACCUAAAGUUCUCGACCAGCGCCAAGGAGCAGCUAAAGCUGGCGGUCCAAAAGACUGAGAAUCGCGUCCGGGACGAGCAGCGUUCGGUGAAGAAUCAAAAGCGGCUCGUCCGGGUGCAGGAAAUGAUGACGUCCGAGGAGGAGAAGAAAAAAAUCAAACAGAAAGCUAAACAUGAACAGAAGCAGGCCAAGUUGCGCGCACAAAAUUCGCUCCAGCUGAAUAACGGACCACCGUUGACCGGACCGUCGGGUAGUGGUAGUAGUGGAGGCAAUGGCGGUGGAAUGGCAUCUACGGUACACCUGUCCAGCUCAACUGGUGGUAUCGUGAAAUCGAACAGUGCGAACAGUAUUACCUCACCCCAGGAAGCGCUGAUGUCACCGCCUCCGCACGCGACGGACAGUGGUGGGAGUACGUCUCCACAGCCACCGCCAUCGGCACCACCAGUUCCGGCACCACCGGCAUCGUUGCCGCUGUCGUUUCCAGCCAACGCCACAUCAUCCUCGGCAACAACAGGUAAGCUGGCGAGAUCCAUUUCUGGUGACGAUACGGGCGGCAAUGAGGGGAAUCGUAGCGCGUUGCUUGAUUCGAUCUGUAACUUUAAUAAGAGUGGUCUCAAAAAAAUCAACUCUGGAUCAGGGAAGUAGAGGAGGUCGGUUGCAUGUGUCCCAUCAAAUUCAAUAAAAGGCCAAACAUUUCAACAUGAAGGAAGGGAUCCGAGGAGGCUAAAAACAAACCAAAAACAAAAAAAAUACUACAAACAAAGCAAACCACCAGUGUACGAAGGUAGUGUAUGAAUUGAAACAGAUAUUUAUCUCAGCGUACAUUUCUGUUGUUCUGAAAAAAUGGGCACAGAAACAUGGAACACGAAAGUGUUACUAUCGACUGAAGGGAAAGAUGAUCUGUUAAAAGGGAAAUACACUCACACAAAGAGUACUCAUAUUAGUGAAGAACGCAUACACAUCAUCAGGGGGGGAUCGAUUUUUGGACCAAUUUCUCAUAAUAAAUAGCAAAAUCAAAUACAAUGUUAAACUAAACAAAUCUAAAUGGGCACGCAAGACACUAAAUCAAUGAGUGUUCCAAUCAAAUUGAAGGGAUUGAAAACAUUUUUAAGCCUCUAGAAAUGAAACGAAAGUUAGAAAAUAGAGUGCAUAUAAAUCCUAAAUGGACUAAAUUAACACGUCCAAAAGCUAGCACAUGGUUAGGCAAAAAAGGUUAUAAAAGACAAGUGAAUACAAUUGACACGCCGUUCGAUAGCAAGUAGUUCUAGUGUUAAGUGAAACAAACGAUUAUUUUACAACUUCAGAAUAUUUGAUUUAAUGAUUGAUGUUUUUUUCAGUAGAGAAAAGUUUUUUAUUUUACUGUUGAUGUUUUCAAAGUUUAUUCUCAAAGUUUGUCCAUAACAUUUACCCAACGUAAGUAUUUUUAAAGCAACGAUUCCAAGAUAACGAAAAGGGAUUAAAAAAAUUGAUGUUUUAUGAAAGUGAAAAGUGAAGGGAUGGAUUUAGUAAUGGGCUUAAUUAAGCUUAAACAUUUUUUAGUUAAAUGAAAGCGAUCCUAAUCGAUGUAUAAACUGUUGAUUUUUUCUGUUGGUUUUGUUGGUA